UCCAAAUGACGCGUUUUAUCAGCACCUCGGAUUAACGAUAGAUCCAACGGCCGAUCUUCACUCUCAGCGUUACGAAAAUUUCUACUUCAUUUCUUCCCGCUUUGAAUCGCGAAAAACCCUCGAAACCAAAGCCCGCGAAAGAGGGGAAAGAGCAAUCGAUGUGUGGAAGAGGAAGGUGUACUCUGCGGCCCGAUGAUUUUUCUCGGGCCUGCCAUCUCAGCUCUCGGCCAGUCCGCCACAUCGAUAUGGAUCGGUAUCGGCCCUCGUACAACGUCGCGCCGGGGUUCAACGUGCCGGUGGUUCGACGAGACGACGGAGGAGAUGGCGGCGGCGACGGCGUCGUUUCGCACUGCAUGAAAUGGGGACUGGUUCCCAGCUUUACUAAGAAGACUGAUAAAAUCGACCACUUUAGGAUGUUCAAUGCGAGGUGUGAAUCGAUAAGAGAAAAGGCUUCCUUUCGUCGACUUCUUCCAAAGAACAGGUGUUUGGUGUCUUUUGAAGGAUUCUAUGAAUGGAAGAAGGACGGAUCUAAAAAGCAGCCUUACUACAUACACUUCAAGGAUGGCCGUCCAUUGGUUUUCGCUGCUCUAUUCGAUUCUUGGAAAAAUGCAGAAGGAGAAACUCUCUACACCUUCACCAUCAUCACAACUUCAUCCUCGUCGUCUCUGGCAUGGCUUCAUGAUAGGAUGCCUGUGAUCUUGGGGAGCAAAGAAUCAACUGAUUGGUGGCUCAGUGAUUCUUCUUUGUCCAAUCUUGACAAUAUACUCAAACCAUAUGAAGAAACAGAUUUGGCCUGGUAUACUGUGACACCUGCAAUUGGCAAAAUUUCUUUCGAUGGACCCGAGUGCGUUAAGGAGGUAAAAAUGGAGGAGACCAAGACAAUCUCGCAGUUUUUCUCAAAGAAACAAGCAUGCAAAUCGGAGGAGCAAAAACUUGAGAAAACACCGAUCAAGGAAGAGCUUCAGGAACAUCGAUCUACGCUUGAAAGUGCUGCAAUGAAGGAUGAAGCUAGUGUGAUGGAAGAACCGGAAAAGGGCAAGGUGGAUGAAAGUAAUGAGCGAAAAUGUGUGAAAGAGGAACCUCAUAGCCCAGAAGAAUCUGAUACGGAGAUAGACAGCAGCGACACGAAAAACACAGAUCACGCGAAGCCAUCUGCUAAAGAUACUGAUAGGCUACUUAUGAGUCCAGUCAAGAAAAGAAGAAAGGGGGCUGACGACAAACAAGUGGGAUAAGGUGCGAACGAUAAACAACCAACUCUCUUUUCCUACUUUGGCAAGAACUAAUGAUCAGUUGCUCUGUAGUUUUGUUGUAUUAGCACAUCUAAUGUACAUAAAAAGCUCAUGUAGAAUACUAGCUAGAACUCGAAGAUCUGAACUAGGGUUAGACUGCUUAAUCACAAGAAUAGAAGCACUAGAAAUUUUGUGUUGUAAUCACCAACCAUCAUCAAUUAAGGCUGUUCUUGAACUUGAUGGUUUGGUGUUUCUCUAGUUAUAUCUAAUUCUUGAAGCAGUGUUUUGAUCA